GGCAGUUGUCAUGGCUUCUACGACCACCAUGAACAACUGGAUCGAGCAGCUCGCUGUCUCCCUUAUUCCAUCAUCAGCUGAUCCCGCCGACCAACGUAAACACAAAGAAACUUUUGCCAGGAGGAUCAAGCACCAUGGCCAUGCCCGGACAAAUCAAUUUGCUGUCGCAGAGACGCUCACGGGACUUGAAGAGAAGUUUCAAGUUCUCAACCUGGACGAUCUGGCUCAGGCGUUAUAUACGCGACGACAGGAACUGGAAAAGUACCAACAUCGCUGGAUACCAGACGCUCUGGAUCUUUUGCUACAUUUAUCCGAUAAUCCCGCGAGAUAUAGUCGGGUCGAGAACCUUCCUGAGUUUCAAUCCCAGUCGGAAAAAGCGGGUCCGUUGAGAUGGGCCGAUGUUGAAGUUGAUGAUCCAAUUGAUCACCAGGACGACAUAUGGAUGGUCCCCGAGUACAGCGACUUCAGCUCUGAUGAGGACGAAGCUGUGAUAUCGAGCAAUUCGACGUCCCCAGAGACUGUUUUUGAGAGACACAAGGGCGAAUUUGAUCGCGAGCAUCUCUUCGACCACGGCGAUGCUGCAGACGAUGAUUCUGCGCGUUCUAAGCUUGAGAAUUCACAAUUCUGGCGCGAUCAAAGCCAAGUCGUUGCUAUCACCGAGAGACAAGCCAUAAGGGAGACCCUCUUCAUGUUUAUCGGUCUCAAAACGUCCAUCUUUAAAGUGUCUGACCGCGGGAUCCGCGUGGACCCGAAGUAUCAGAUUGCCCAUUUGGGCUCUGAGACAUCAAGGGCGGUGUUGAGCGAUGCUGGACUGAUCGGCUCAGAAAUUGCAUGGAUACGCCGCUGGCUUUCGGCCGGGCAGGACUCGAACGUGAUGCAGCUUUUGCGAAGCCGCAUUCGGGACAUUCUGGAAUCGUUUGACUGUACGAUAUGUCAGAUGCAAGAUAAUAUCUUACACGAACGCUCCUCUAACGGCGUCCUCAGCCUACUUCAGGCUCUUCAAACCAUCAAGCAGAGGGCUAUCCCCUUAAUUGACAUCCUGAGAGUUCUGCCACGAUUCGCUCACAAUGAUCCUGUCUCGGCUCUAAACGCUUUGCAUGAGCAGAUCGAACUUGCCAGCGCUUCUGGCGCAGCCCUCGCUUUGAGGACACUGACCCCUUUGUUCCUCUCGGCUCUGAAACUCUACUCCGUCCCAGUAGAUACCUGGUUACUCACGGGGAGGAUUGAAGAUACGAGCACAUUCUUCAUCAACAAAACCAGCAAGCCACGCAAUGCAACCACUUUAUGGCAUGACUGGUUUGCACUAUCCGAUGACGACAAGCACAUGCCAGUCUUUCUUAGACCAUUCGUCUCGCAUAUCUUCGCCGCCGGCAAAACUGCUGCUUUCCUGCAGCACUUACAACAAAAGUCGCUGGACAAUGGCAGUGGCUCCCUGGGUUUUCGUGGCGCGGUUACGGAAACAGCAUAUCUUCAAGAACACUCGGCGAUACCAUUGUUAUCGGCCACUCUAGAGGCUGUCUUCAACAAGCACUUGACAAGCUUACUCGCGACAUCCACCGCAGCUCUCAAGGACGUCCUCGAGUCGGCCUGCGGGCUCAACAAGCUCCUCGACGCCUUCGACUACCUCUAUCUCGGCAAGGACGGGGUGAUUUUGGACAGGAUCGAAACCCGUCUGUUCGACCAGAUCGACCGGUGCGUGGAGAUGUGGAACGACCGCUUCCUCGUGGCCGACCUCGUGGCCGAGGCCUACCAAGCCACGCCGUGCGUCGACGCCGACAACAUCUCCGUCACCUCGUCCUACACCUCGUCCCGGAGCAUCGAAAGUCGUCGCCGCUCGGUCAAGAUCCUCUCGUCGCUCACACUGUCGUACCACCUCCCUUGGCCGGUCGCCAACAUCAUCUCACCUGCCUCGAUCACGGCCUAUCAACGGGUCGCCUUGACCCUCAGCCAGAUCCGCAGGGCAAGGUUCAUUCUCGAGCGCCGCGCCUAUUUCUACGUCCAGAACGUCCCGCUGGGCACGGAUCCGGGCGACCAGCCCUUCGCACGGGCGGUGUACAUGGCGCUCGCACACUAUGUCAACGUCCUUUAUGCUCACUUGACGAUGUGCGCAGUGGGCCCGAUGACGCGGGACAUGCGCGCUCGCCUCACGACGGGAACUAGUGUCGACGACAUGAUCGCCGCCCACGCCGCGUACGUGCGCGAUCUGGAACUGGCUUGUCUGAGCGCCCCGCGCGUCAGGCCGCUUCGCGACGCCAUGCUCGCGGUUCUGGAUCUGUGUAUUCGCUUCGCGGACGUCGUCAGUGCGCCGACUUCCACGUCCUCGUCAGCAUCUGGCCGGAGAGGGUCCGUCGACUUUGAAGCCAGCUCGUUCAUUUCGGCGAGGAGUCAUCGUCGGAGGCGUCGGCUAGGAGCGCGUAGGGGCGUCGAGUCCGCAGGUGAAGACGACGAGGAUGAUGUCGACGAAGAAGACGACUCGGGCAUGGGUGAGGGUUAUUCGACCUUCAUUCUUGACGAGGCCAGUUCGGUGCGAAAGGAGAUCCAGAGAAUCAAGGACGUUUUUGAGAGGCAUGUCACCUUUCUCCUCGCUGGCCUGAGGGGAGUCGCGAGGAGCGCUGGCGGAGUCGGUGACGGCUUGGAACUGCUCGCUGACAGCCUGGAGGGCGUUUUCCCAAAGAAACGAACCAUGUUCUCCUAACCCACAUCACCAGCACUUGCAUACGGUACGAAAGUCGGGAGAUAGGCACGAAUGACCUUGGUUUUUGACAUCGGGCGCGACCAACGCACAAUGAUACAAUACGUCUUUUUCUGCCUCUGAUCUACUGUACGGGUAUCAUUUGACCUUUUU